UUGUUCCUUAGGCAGGUCCAAAGGGUAAUUUUCAUUAGAAGAAGCAAAAUUACGACAAGCUCAAUAUGCAACCAUUGCGGUUUUCGCAUUACAGAGAUUUCAAGAGUGCGCGGAGCACUAUUCCAAACAGAGUUCGUCACUGAACCUUUCGAUUUGCCAGAACCUAUUGGAGAUGUGGUCACUAUCACUGAGAAAAUCUACGUUCCUAAGAGAGAAUAUCCUGACUAUAACUUCGUCGGACGGAUUCUCGGACCGCGUGGUAUGACUGCCAAACAGCUGGAGCAGGAAACUGGCUGCAAAAUCAUGGUUAGAGGCAAAGGAUCAAUGCGUGAUAAAAGAAAGGAGGAAGCAAAUCGAGGUAAACCGAAUUGGGAACACUUGGACGACGAGCUGCAUGUGCUCUUACAGUGCGAAGAUACCGAAAACAGGGCGAGGAUAAAGUUGCGCGCGGCUAUGGACCACGUGAAGAAGCUUCUCGUUCCGGCGCCCGAAGGAACAGAUGAACUCAAAAGGAAGCAACUCAUGGAGUUAGCCAUUAUAAAUGGAACAUAUAGACCUUUUCACAAAUCUGGAUUAUCAAACUCGAAUCGAAUUAUAACCCCUGUACCACUUGUCUCUCCAAUCCGCGCUCCUAUUUUCGUUUCACCAACAAGCAGCCCUAACAACGGAAUGGUACAGAAGCCUUCAAAUCCAGGAUAUAUUGGAACAAACUCACAGCAGCCGUUUGACUAUUCUUCAUUCAUGAAGUGA